UGAAGCCGGGACUCCUCGCCUUGUCUUGGGCUCAAAUGAGCUGUUUGCUGCUGUAGUGAAACGUUGGUCUUCCACCAAGCCGCCGGCCGGGAACGACGCCACAGCUCAACUUUUCCUCUGCAUGUGGUGGGGCGAACAUUUCCCUACUUUCUUCUGGAGGCGCUCCGCACUGGAGGACACCAUUUAACUGAGAAAGUCACUUCUUUAUUCAGACUUUUUACAUUUUUGAAGCACACUUUACAAGAGGAGGUGGGAGCAGAAAGUCCAAGGUGAGGGAAGUAGUCAUGCCUCAGCUCAGCAGCGGCGGAGGAGACGACCUGGGAGCCAAUGAUGAGAUGAUAGCAUUCAAAGACGAAGGAGAGCAGGAGGAGAAAAUCCAGGAGAACGCCUUCACGGAGCGAGACCUGGCCGACCUCAAGUCCUCCCUGGUGAACGAGUCGGAAAUAAAUCAAAGUCCGACCUCGGCGGCGGUCAGACGGGGACAGCAGGCCGAGCAGAGGGGCUUCCAGGACAAACACCGAGAGCACCUGGACGGAGUGUCGAAGCAGCAAGAUGGAGGCAUGUACAAGUCGCCGGCGUAUCCCGGGUAUCCGUUCCUGAUGCUGCCGGACCCUUACCUCCCCAACAGCUCCGUCUCUCCAUCUGUAAGUCGGCUCUUCCUGUUCUUAACCCUUCCUGCUGCCUGCUGGGCUCUGAUUUUUCUCCUCCUUGUGAGUUUUGUCGACCUGAGGCCAGGCUUACCGCUGUGA